CACUAUAGAGCAGUCGGUUCGGUAGCGGUGGUGGUGGUUUUAUAUAUUUCCAACGUUCAGCUCACUCCACCCUUCCUACUUUUUCUUUAUUUCCUUCGUCCCACCGGACACGGCCCAUGGGCGAGAUGACCUUAAAAUGGGACCCCAAAAACUUAGAGAUUCGAACAAUGUCCGUCGAGAAGACGUUGGAGCCUUUGGUCGUGCAGGUGACCACCCUGGUCAACACGAAGGGGCCCUCGAAGAAGAAGAAGGGUCGUUCUAAGCGGGCCCACAUCCUCGUCGCCGCUGUGGAAAAGGCGACCGAAAACUUUAUCGAGCGAGGGGAACAGAUCGCGCAUGAGAAUCCGGACAUCAAACAGGAAAUGUUAGCGGCGGUGGAUGAGGUUCGCAAAACUGGGGAGGCGAUGAGUCUGGCUGCUCGAGAAUUUGCGGAUGAUCCGUGUUCCUCCCUCAAAAGGGGGAAUAUGGUGAGGGCAGCGAGAAACCUGCUCUCCGCGGUGACACGACUCCUUAUCUUGGCCGAUAUGGUGGACGUUCAUCUUCUCCUGAAAUCCCUUCGCGUGGUGGAGGACGAUCUCGAAAAGUUGAAGAAUGUCUCCUCCCAGGGCGAAUUGAUGGAGAGUAUUCGCUCCUUUGGGAGAAAUGCGGCCGAUUUGAUGGUAGCGGCCGCCAAGAGGCAACAAGAACUUAAGGAUCCCCAACUCCGUGACGACCUCGCCGCUGCUCGUGCCCUUCUCAAGAAGCACUCUACGAUGCUCCUCACCGCGUCCAAAGUUUAUGUCCGACAUCCCGAACUUAUCGCGGCCAAGGCGAAUCGAGACUUUGUUUUUAGACAGGUUUGCGAAGCCGUGAAUACGAUUAGCGAUGUGGCGCAAGGGAGAAGUGGGGUCGGAUCACAUCCGUACGAUGGGCCAGGAGAGUUAGCUGCGGCUCUAGAUGAUUUUGAUGAACGCAUAAUUAUGGAGCCCCUUGCCUACAACGAGGUACGAACACGACCCUCUCUCGAAGAACGGUUGGAGUCGAUCAUCUCUGGCGCAGCCUUGAUGGCAGACUCGUCCUGCACUCGGGACGAACGGAGGGAGCGAAUUGUCGCGGAAUGUAACGCGGUACGACAAGCCCUUCAAGAUCUGCUGUCCGAGUACAUGGCCAACAUGGGGAAAAAGGAGCGGAGCGAGAAUCUCGAGAGAGCAAUUGAGCACAUGUGUCGGAAGACGAGAGACUUGCGGCGACAGUUGCGAAAAGCGGUGGUUGACCAUGUGUCAGACAGCUUUUUAGAGACGAGUGUCCCCCUCCUCGUCCUUAUAGAGGCGGCCAAGGCUGGCAAUGAGAAGGAGGUGGAAGACUACGCUCAAGUCUUUACAGAACAUGCAAACAAGCUUGUAGAGGUGGCCAACUUGGCCUGUUCCAUGUCUGGGAAUGAAGAUGGGGUGAAAAUGGUUCGAUAUGCUGCCUCUCAAAUUGAAAAUCUCUGCCCGCAAGUCAUUAAUGCGGCAAGAAUAUUGGCGUCCAGGUCGAAAUCAAAGGUGGCAUUGGAAAAUAUGGAUGUAUUCCGUGAGACGUGGGAAAAUCAGGUUCGAAUCUUGACCGAGGCGGUGGACGAUAUUACCACGAUUGAUGAUUUCCUUGCCGUGUCAGAGAAUCAUAUCUUGGAGGAUGUCAACAAAUGCGUCUUGGCACUUCAAGAAGGUGACCCAGACUCUCUAGAUCGAACCGCUGGCGCCAUUCGUGGACGGGCUUCCCGUGUCGCGAACGUCGUUACGGCAGAAAUGAGCAAUUAUGAACCGGGUCUUUACACGGAGCGGGUACUAGAAGCGGUGAAAGUUUUACGGGAUCAGGUGAUGCCCAAUUUUGCGCAACGCGUCGAAAUUGCGGUGGAAGCUCUUUCCUCCCAGCCACCCAAGGACGUUGACGAGAAUGAGUUUAUCGACGCGUCCCGUCUCGUGUACGACGGAGUAAGGGAAAUUCGUCGAGCCGUCUUGAUGAACAGGGCGGAUGACGAACUGGAUCCUGAAGACGUUGAGUUUGACGAACAUUACACUGAAACAAGGAGCAAAUCCUCCGCUCACACUGGUGAACACAUCGUCGACGAAUAUCCAGACAUCAGUGGGAUCACGACGGCGCGAGAAGCCAUGCGAAAAAUGACGGAGGAGGACAAACUCCGCAUCGCCCAACAAGUCGAGAGUUUCCGCACAGAGAAGUUGAAAUUUGACCGUGAAGUCGCCAAGUGGGACGACACUGGGAAUGAUAUCAUCGUCCUGGCGAAACACAUGUGUAUGAUUAUGAUGGAAAUGACGGAUUUUACCCGAGGCCGUGGCCCCCUUAAAACCACCAUGGAUGUAAUCAACGCCGCAAAAAAGAUCUCUGAAGCUGGCACAAAGUUGGACAAAUUGGCCCGACAGAUUGCAGAUCAAUGUCCGGAAUCUUCCACCAAGAAAGAUUUGCUCGCUUAUCUGCAACGAAUUGCUUUGUACUGUCACCAACUCAACAUCACAUCCAAAGUGAAGGCGGACGUGCAGAAUAUUUCUGGAGAGUUGAUCGUGUCAGGGCUCGACUCUGCCACCUCAUUAAUCCAAGCCGCCAAGAAUUUAAUGAAUGCGGUCGUCCUCACGGUGAAAGCAUCCUACGUGGCGUCCACCAAGUACCCGAGACAGGGCACAGUUUCACUACCUCUCGUCGUCUGGAAGAUGAAGGCCCCGGAGAAAAAGCCCCUCGUUCGGAGAGAAAAACCAGAAGAGGUUCGAGCAAAAGUGAGGCGUGGGUCGCAGAAAAAGCCGCAAAAUCCGGCCAGUUUCCUCAGCGAGUUUCAAAGUCCGGCUGAGGCUGUUUAAUAGUAGUAAAUAUUUAAAUACCAGUGACAAGCACACCAAUAAAUUAACUUACACAAUACAAACCACCACCCUCUCAGGCCAGGAGACUGACUCGUCGUGUAGUAGAAGAAGAGGAAUUAUUAUAUAAUAUAAAUUAUCUAUUUAAAAAAUAAUUUAAAGCAGCACUCAUUUCCAGCAGCAGAAAAUCACCACGCCCACCAUUACCAAAUUUCGCCGUGUCUCACCUACUACAUACAUCGUCUUUAUAUUGUAUUGUAACAUUUAUUAUUAUUGUUAUUAUUAUUAGUAAUAUUCUUAUUGUUAAAUACCAUAUUCUUACGUAAUUGUUGUGUUGUUGAGCAAGCAAAGCACUAUUUUCAUCAUCAUCUCAUGUAAAGAUAAUAAAACACUUAUUAAUUACUUGACUAAUAAUAAUAA